UGUUUUCUGCUCCCUGUCAGAUCUGGAGUGGGCGGGGUUAAUUUAUUUAUUGUUUAUACUUGUAGAUGGUUAAAUAGGUGCUAUGCUCUUCCUGGUUUCACUGUGCGUGAAGGGAGGCAUUACACUAGUCCAGGAGAGAGACAACCAUGGUUUGGACAAGGAGCUGGGUGGUUUAAUUACUGGGUCCGGUUUUGAAUUUCUUGGGUGAAAGGUGGCAAUAAAUGGGCGAAACGCGUACUGUAUGUGCUCCACCUAGUCAGGUAGAAAAGAGCCGAAGAAGAAAAGUAAAGUCAAGACACAAGGCGGAAGAGGAUGUGUUCUUGGUCGAGAGCCUGUUUGGAGAACUGUUGUGCUGCAGUGUAUUACUACAGACAGAAAGACAACUUCACUUUCAGGACAGCCUGACAUAUGACAGACAUCUUGGUGUAACUGUUUAAACAACAUACAUCUGAGUCAACUCCUUUUUUUGCCUUCCUGCCCAUCACCCUCUUCAUCAAUCUUCAGAGCCUCAGUCCUUCUCACCAUGUCCACCCAGCCCCCCCGAACCCACCAUGAAGCAGCAUAUAUGUCCCUUAUGAGAGGCUUGCGAGAGCUGGAUCUCCAUGGCCCCCGUGUUCCCAGCGAUCUGGUUCUGAUUGGAGACCACGCCUUUCCUUUGGCAAUGAACAGCCGAGGCCAGGUCCUGAUGGCUGCCUCUCUCUACGGGCGUGGAAGGAUUGUGGUCCUGGGUCAUGAGGGCUACCUGACAGCUUUCCCUGCUCUGGUAGAGAACGCUCUGACGUGGCUGAGAGGAGAUGGAUCUGACAACCUGUCUGUGGGGAUCCAAAGGAACAUCAUGGCGGUCGCCGAUAACCUCAGCAAAGCCGGCUUCCAGGCCAAUGUUGUGGGGGCCUUCAGCAACAAUCUGGAGGUUGGUGUAUAUGUGACAGAUGCCUACAGUGUGGGUCCAGACCAGAAGCACCUGGUGGCAUUUAUGAAAGCUGGAGGAGGAGUGCUGAUAGCAGGUCAGGCGUGGAGCUGGGCUGCAGAUCACCCUAAGGAGAACACACUGCUUCAGUUUGGAGGGAAUAAAGUUUCUGGUGUGGCAGGGAUCUACUUCUCUGAGCAUCCGGGUGAGGUAGAGUGCCUGCCAGUCUAUCCUCAAAUCCCGUCCUCCUGGAUGGCUGUAGUAAUUGGUAAGGAUUUUGAGGACGACUUAGAGUUCUUACUCCAGGGGGUUUCAGAGUUUGACCUCCAGGGUGGAAUAAUAGUUUCUGAGGUUAUGGUCCACGGCCCUCUAACCUUCCCCAUCGGUACCACAAAGAAUGGACAAGCGUUCCUGGCGGGAGCCUACUAUGGGCAGGGACGGGUCAUUGUGGUUAGUCAUGAAGGACUUCUGGGACGAGAGACUAUGGCUCCAUUUUGGAACAAUGCCAUUCACUGGUUGGAUGAAGGCCGGCAGGGGGUCGUUGGUAUCGCACCUGCUAAUGCCCUCAAAGUUCUCAGCAAGUCAGGGCUUCAGUGUGAGAAGACCAACUUCAGAGAAGACCUGAGUGUGUUUGUGUGUACAGCGUACAGCGCUGAGAAAGUGGAGGAAAUCCAAAACUUUGUGGCAGAGGGAGGAGGCCUGCUGAUUGGUGGCCAUGCCUGGUACUGGGCACAGUCACAUGCUGGGCAAAACACAAUGACAGAUUUCGCAGGGAACAAGAUCCUGAACAAAAUGGGCAUGAGCCUUUUGGGAGCACCAAUGACAGGGGGUUUAUUCAAGGCUCCUGUACCCAGCCAGGCCAUCAAAGACACCUACCACUUCCGCCACCUUCUCCGCCGCUUUGCUGGCCAUGUGAACAAGGGGGAGGAACUCACCGAGCAUGAGCAGGAAUCUCUUAAAAAGCUGGGCAGCGACUGCUCCAACUACUUGAACCUGAAGGCUCAUGACUGCCCCUCCUAUACACAGGUUAUGUCCACCCUCACUGAUGUCUUACUGAGGUCAGGCAUGCCACAGGUGUGUGGCAGCAGCCCUGUGAAGAGUCCCAAAGACCACCUGCUCCUCAGUGUGGGGACAGAGUUGUAUAAGGUUUGCCCAAACCCUGACGCUCUCCUGCCUCACCUCAUCAAGGAUAACCCGUUGAUGCCAGUUGUCUAUAACCACAGGAUCAUGAUUAAUGUUAACACGGAAGGAAGGGAGGAGUGGAUCAGUAUAGGUCUUUACCUCUCUCCUGGUAUGAAGACCUACAUGGCCAUACCAGCAGACAUCGUCAACAAGGGAUGGAAGAUCCAGAUCGGCUGUCAGACAGACAAACUGAAGGCUGCAGAGAUAAAAAGAGCUCCAUGUGUUCAUGUACAAUUCCCCAUAACCUCAGAGAUGAUGCAGGUGUGGAACCUCUGGGGGGGACUCAUCUACCUGGUUGCCCCACCCAAAACACAAGUGGAGGGAGUAGAGGUCGUAGUGCAGAUGGCUGUACCUGCGCCCUAUUAUAAAUCUGGCGUGACAACAGCAGCCGAUUGGUCCUUGCUGCGCACUGCUCCCUCACCCUGGGCAGAGUUGGAGUUUGACAACAUCAUCCUCACUGUGCCAUCAGAUGUUGUUCGGGACCUGGAGCGCCCCGAUGAGUUGGCGGCGCACUGGGAUGCCAUCAUGAGGGCCAUUGCUGACCUGGCAGCAAAACCACACAAAUUCCCCCGCAAGGAACGCUUUGUGGCAGAUGUGCAGAUUUCCCAUGGUUGGAUGCAUGCAGGUUAUCCUAUCAUGAUGUACAAUACUGUAGCGGCUGACCUGAUAAACGUUGACCAUGCCAGGAGUAAAGGCUUAUGGGGCCCCAUCCAUGAACUGGGACACAACCAGCAGAGAGGAUGCUGGGAGUUCCCAUCACACACCACAGAGUGUACAUGCAACCUGUGGUCGGUGUAUGUGCAUGAAGAGGUGCUGGGGAUCAACAGGGAACAGGCUCACGAAGCUAUGACUUUAAAAAAUCGAAAGAAACGAACAGAGGAAUAUGCUAAGGGGGGCAAGAAUCUCAGCUGCUGGAGCGUGUGGGUGGCCCUGGAGACAUAUAUCCAGCUCCAGGAGAAGUUUGGCUGGGAUGCCUUUAAGAGGGUGUUCGCUGCCUACCAUGAGAUGAGCGACUUUCCCGGUGACAACAAAGGAAAGAUGAACCUGUAUGCUGAGACGUUCUCCUACAAUGUGGAGAUGAACCUGUGUGGAUUCUUUAAGGCCUGGGGCUGGCCCAUUGAACCAGCCACUGAAGAGAAACUCUCCAGCCUGCCUCCCUGGGGUGACCACCCUAUGGUCCAGUAUGACUGAACGUCAGUCUGCUACUGAUUAAAGUGCAGAGAGAUGGGUUCAAUGAAUACCCAACACUUUAUUUAGUGGGAAAUUCAAUUAACUAACUUUGUUUUCUUUUUUGUUCUUGAUAUAUUUUACCACAUUUAUUGUAAUAUUGAAAUAGUCCCUCCUCUUCUUGCUCUUACUCACAUCCACUCCUCCUGUCAGAUGCUGGAUUGCCUGUUUGGAAAACUUGUGCUGCAGUGUAAUAAUUGAAGAAUAAAACCAACUUAACUUUAAGGUAAAAAAUAAACUUUUGCUUUAG